AUGCAAGUGGAAUAUGGAGAGGAGUUUGAGGAUACGUCGAAUAUCAAUAGGAGCAUGGAACAACCACCAUAUCGACAAGCAAGUGAUGAUACCAUCGUGCGUCAAUCCUCAUGGAAGAUCAUGUUUCAGGAAAUACAGCAACAUGUCAUGCAAACGAUAACCAACAAUAAGCAGCUGCUCUUUGGCAAAGGAUCAAAUCUUCAGGGACCAUCUUCACAACAACGAACAACAUGCAGGGAAAAGAAUGGCUCGUUGUAUUCAACAACAACGACUAGCCACAAUCAGCGCCAACUACAGACAAGCCAGCUUUAUAGUCAUCCAGAUUUUCGGGUACUUUACGUUCCCGCUGGCAACGAAGACAUCAUGAGAAUUGUGCAACCUUCAAAAGAUCUUGAGCAUCAGCAACGUCUUGAGGUCUGUGGAUAUUAUGCAUUAUCGCAUUUAUGGGGUGAUGUUCAAAAUGCGCCCUUAUGGGAUGUCAGCGACUUGAUUGUUGAUGAACAUGGUAACCCUGCUCAACCAGUACCCAUGCGACCCGAAAAGCGUGAUACGAUAUUGGCGUUGCUUAAGCCAGGGAGUUACUGGUGGAUCGAUGUGUUGUGUGCUCGAACGGACACACCACUUAUGAUUAUGGGAGAUGUAUACGAAUCGUGCUAUGGGUGCUUUGCGCUAAUUGACGUAUCACCAGCGAUCAGCGGCAUUCAGCAAAUCAAUGCCAAAUGGUUAACGUUGUCAAUUGUGGUCACACAUACGUUGCGAGCGUAUAGACAUGCAAUCAAACAUAACGACAUUGAUGAAUUCGAGCAUUAUUGUGCCACUCCGACAGGAGCAGAGGACGUUGGAAAGCCUUUACGAUUAAAAGAAGUGGGGAUACAGUUUCAUGAUGAGCUGCAUGCGGUUGCACAAUUCUUUGAUUGCUUCUGGUUCUCUCGUGUAUGGACAUGGCAAGAAUUUCUGUUACCAGAAAGAUUUACGGCCAUUGAUGAGCGAUGUGACACCGUAAGAUUUCAUGGGUCGACGUUUGUGUACCUUGAUCAAAUCAUCUGGAGCUUACAAAAGAUACAUAGCAUGAUUGAAAGUGAACCCAUCUUGAAGGAAGAAUAUCAAGGAGGCAUCACUCAAGCCAUUUCAAAAAGUUAUACCCGAUUCCAUCAUAUCAUUGAGCAACAACGCACUAUAAAGGUGGAUUUGCAGCUAUGGAAGAACAGCAAAGCCAGGUUAAUCGGCUUGAAAAGUGUGCUUGAUAAUCUAGCUGGUUCUCCUCGAACAUGUACAAAUCCCGUGGAUUAUGUCUAUGGAGUGCUUGGAUUACUUGCUAUCGAUGUCCCUAGAAUGGAUGAUCCUCAAGCUGUUUGGUCGACUUUUCUUUCUGUGCUCGGUGAGCGUUUGCAAAGUGUUGAGAAAAAUGACCCAGAUUUCUUCGCAUCCAUCUCUGAGACCGCUCAUUCAUUUGAUUUGAGCAAAGCAAACAACUUGGGACAUGUCUACGAUGGUUUGGUCAAAUUCACAAGGAAGUCGUCAAAACAUACAAGGAUGGGAACACAAUAA